AUGGAAAUCUAUGGCAAAAGAGCCCUUAGGAGCAUCAUGGAUGAAGAAAGAAAAAAAAUACAUUUAGGCAGGAGAGUUUCCUUUGGAAGCUGUCAAAAUACAUCGGACUCCACUUGCCACAUUGCUUCAGCAAGAACAUCAUCUGCUUCCGCAUCAUCGAUCCCAAUGUCACUUAUGAGUCCCGAGACGCCAUGGGCACUCUCUCCUGCACACUCAUCUCCCUCUCCAACUCUUCUCUACCAUUGUUUGGCUUCUGUCCACCGCCAUGAAGGUAACAUCUUAUCUAUUGCAGUCUCAAGAGAUUUCAUAUUGACAGGCUCUGAAAGUAGUCGAAUUUAUGCAUGGAAGCAACCGGAUUGUAUUGAAAUGGGCUAUAUUAAAGCGAAUUCUGGAAAAGUUCGAGCCAUCUUGGCAUGUGGGAACCUGCUCUUCUCUGCUCAUAAUGACUGCAAAAUUCGUGCAUGGGAUGUCACACUCAAAGAGAAUUUUCGACCAAAGAAGAUUGCAAGCUUACCUCGAAAAAACUCGUUCUUACGGUUUCCAAAGAAGAAUACCAAUCAACACAAAGAUUCCAUCUCCUGCAUUGCUUACAACCAUGUUGAGAAGAUUUUAUACACAGGCUCAUGGGACAAAACUGUAAAAGCUUGGAAGGUCUUAGAAAAUCGGUGUAUUGAUUCUUUCAUGGCUCAUGAAGGUCGAGUUAAUGACAUUGUCAUCAAUCAACUAGAUGGGUGUGUUUUCACCUGCUCCUCUGAUGGCACAGCAAAGAUAUGGAGAAGAGUUUAUGGAGAAAGCUCACAUAAUCUCAUCAUGACACUGAAAUUUCAACUCUCGCCAGUCAACGCCUUGGCAUUGAGCUCAUCACACAGCACUUGCUUCCUCUACUCUGGCUCGUCAGAUGGGCUUAUAAACUUCUGUGAAAAAGAGAGAAUGUCCAGCAGAUUUAACCAUGGAGGAUUUUUACAAGGCCAUCAUCUUGCAGUUCUUUGCCUAGUAACAAUAGGGGAACUAAUCUUUAGUGGUUCGGAUGAUGCAACAAUACGAAUAUGGAGGAGAGAGGAAGGAAACAACCUCCAUUCGUGUCUUGCUGUCAUGGAAGGACAUCAUGGGCCAGUGAGAAGCUUAGCUGCUUCUUUGGAAAGAGAGAAUACUGUUCAGGGACUGUUAGUUUAUAGUGCAAGCUUGGAUCGAACAUUUAAGGUAUGGCGGGUUAAGGUGCUUCCUACUGAGAAGGUGAAAUUUGAGGAGUCAGAAACAAAUUAUCAGCAAACAGAGACGGCGGAGUUCGAAAUGAGCCCAGUAUUAUCACCUUCAUGGGUGGAGAAGAGGCUUCAAGCCAAAACUUUUCAGUAG